UCUCCCCCUUCUCCUUGGCAUUAGAUGCCCCCCGCCCCCCGGCCCCCAUGCCAGAGCGGGGAGUGAACCCGGGCACCCAGACCUCGACACAGCUGGGUGGGCAGCCUCUGCUGAGUCAGUGCCUCCCCGGGUCCAACUCCACCGCCCCCGCCCACCCGCCAGGGACUCCUGGGUCCCCUCCAGGCCAGCUCACAAGGCAAUGACCUUUGCCCCCCCUUCCCCCCAAGGAACCCAGGUGUGUGGCACCGAGGGAGACCCCAGACCCGGCUCGGCGAGACCGCAGGUGUCCCACCUACCCCCCAGGAUGUCUGAGGAUCCUCCAGGGCAGGAGCGCCGCCCACUGGUGGCCGUGGAUGGCGUCCCAUUGCCCCAAAAGACAUGGGAAAACUGGGCCCAGAUCAAGGCCUUCCAGGCUAAGCCUGACGACCUCCUCAUCUGCACUUACCCCAAGGCAGGCACCACCUGGAUCCAGGAGAUCGUGGACAUGAUCCAGCAGGGUGGGGACCCCGAGAAGUGCCGUCGAGCCCCACUUCAUGAACGGCACCCCUUCCUGGAGUGGGCCCGCAGCCCUCAGUCCACUGGGGUGGCCUGGGCUGAUGCCAUGCCCCCCCCGCGGACCCUCAAGACCCACCUCCCUGUGAAGCUCCUGCCUGCGUCCUUCUGGAAACAGGGCUGCAAGGUGGUGUACAUGGCGCGGAACCCCAAAGACUCAGCCGUGUCCUACUACCACUUCCUGCGCAUGCACCAGCUCCUGCCCCAACCAGGGCCCUGGCCCCAAUUCCUCGAGGCCUUCAUGGCGGGAACAGUGCCCUGGGGGUCGUGGCACGAGCAUGUCAGGGGCUGGUGGCGGGCACGGGAGGCGCUGCCCCUGCUCUUCCUCCACUACGAGGACCUUAAGGAGGACCCAGGGCGAGAGAUCCAGCGGGUGGCCCAGUUCAUCGGGCAGCCCCUGGUGCCGGCUGCACUGGAGAGGGUCGUGCACCACACCUCCUUCGAGGUCAUGCGGGCCAACCCGGCCACCAACCGGGCCAGCGCGCCCCGCUCCGUCCUGGACCAGAGCAUCUCCCCCUUCAUGCGCAAGGGGACCGUGGGUGACUGGAAGAACCACUUCACCGUGGCCCAGAGCGAGCACUUCGACCGGGACUGCGCCAGCAAGACGGCAGGCACCGGCCUGGCCUUCCGCACCGAGCUCUGAGGCCCCGGGCAUGCGGGCUCCCAGACCCCCCGCUCCCACCCCCACGUAUCCCAGCAAGCCCAGGCGUGCGGCCACCCGCCCGCCAUGGGGAACCCGAGGGAAACUGAGGCACAAGGCUGGGGGUGGGUGGGGGAUGAGUCUCUUCUGCAUCCAGCAGAGCCAAAAAUGGAUCGCUUCCCCCCCAAAAAUAAACCCUCUGCUUCGCUGGCUUGU